AUGGAAAUGAUUGAUGAAUUGGAUAUACGCAAUGAUUUUCCCGGCUCGACGGCUAUCAAUUCCAUUCAUAUAAACGUUGAUCAAGCCGUGGGAAACGAAAAUGAGCCUCGGGAAAGGAUCCGAAAUCUAGACGAGGAUGCGAUCAAUCGGAGUCGCGCCGCCGCCGCCUCUGGGCCACCAUCGCCGAGUCUGGAUCUACAAACGGCGAGACCGGGCGGAUUGUCGACGAUAAGCGGAGUGUUCGCCCCGGUUGCCCUUUCGAUGUUCAGCAUUUUGCUCUUCAUGCGAAUGGGUUUCGUUGUCGGUCAACUCGGUUUCUUGAUGACCGUUAUGCAAUUGUUGAUGGCUUAUUGUAUCGUUCUUCUCACUGUUCUUUCUUUAUGCGCCAUUUCAUCAAAUGGAGCGAUUGAGGGCGGAGGAGUGUACUAUAUGAUCUCUCGCUCGCUUGGUCCCGAAUUUGGUGGAGCGAUCGGUGUGCUUUUCUUUGUCGCCAAUGUUUUCAGUUGUGCGCUUUACAUCUCAGGAUUCACCGAGGCUCUCCUCAAUAAUAUUGGCAAUGGACGUAACAACCUAAAACGCUAUUGUCAAAUUCUCUGGGCAAAAACAGCACUCAUCACUUUUAUCGUGAUCUCAUUUUGCUACUCAACGUAUAUUUUCACUGUGAUCACCACCGGAGCCAAGAAUGUCACGAUUCCGAAGACGAACACGAACGCUUAUAUGGUUCUGAACAACAUCAGCGAUCCAUCGGCCGGCUCACACAUUGACUAUAAUCAGACACUCACCGCCGAGUACACCGGUUUCAGUUUCCAUUCUCUAUCCGACAACAUGCUCACUAAUUACACUCACGACUACACGACGGAUAAGCCUGUCGACUUCGCGCUCAUGUUCGCCAUCAUUUUCUCCGGGGUUACUGGUUUAAUGGCUGGAGCAAACAUGUCUGGUGAACUGGCUCGACCGAAUGUUUCGAUUCCUCGAGGAACCGUUCAAGCCGUUUUCACAACAUUUUUCGUCUAUAUAUUCACCGCGUUAAUGAUGGCUGCGACGUGUAGCCGCGAUUUGUUACAGAAUAAUUAUACGGUGAUGCUCGACGUGAACGUCUCUCGAUGGUUUAUUUUGGUGGGAAUCUUCUCGACAACCGUUUUCUCGUCACUCUCGAAUUUAAUCGGCUCGAGUCGUGUGCUGAAUCGACUUUCACAGGAUAAACUCUUCGGCAUCUUGCUCCGUCCGGCUUCUAUCGAAAUCGGCGACAAAAAUCCCGUUGUCUCUGUGUUUAUUUCGUGGAUUUUCGUCGUGCUAGUUCUCUCAAUCGGUGCAAUGAACAAGAUCGCCAAGUUGACCUCGAUUUUCUUCCUGUUGUCCUACAUGGGAGUGAACAUUGCCACACUGGCCUUGGAGCUCACCUCAGCUCCAAAUUUUAGACCAACCUUCAAAUAUUUCUCCUGGCAAACGUGUACAGGCGGAGUGAUUGCAACGGCGACAAUGAUGCUCGUUGUCGACUCGGCGAUGAGUGCACUCGCUAUUGUUGUACUGUUGGUUUUAAUCAUGAUUCUUCACUACCAAGCUCCCGUCGGUUCAUGGGGAUCGAUCUCUCAAGCUCUUAUCUAUCAUCAAGUCAGGAAAUAUCUAUUGCUGCUUGAUGUCAGAAAGGAACAUGUCAAAUAUUGGCGUCCCCAGAUUUUGCUUUGUGUGUCUCGGCCGGCUUCUGCUUUUCAGUUGAUGGAUUUUGUGAACGAUUUGAAGAAAAGCGGUCUUUAUGUGAUCGGUCACGUCCGAAAAGGAGCCAUGGAUGCACAAGAACCCAUCGAUCCGCUGCAACAAGUUUUUCCCUACUGGCUCUCAUUAAUCGACUAUCUCAAAUUGAAGGCUUUCGUUGAAUUGACAAUCUCGAACAAUAUUCGAAUUGGAUUGCAACAGUUGAUGAGACUCUCCGGCUUGGGUGCGAUGAAGCCAAACACAGUGGUGCUCGGCUUUCACGAAGAGAACCCCAGAGAGGCCACUUUACAGGAACAACAACUUUUGAAAGAUCUCCGCUAUUCGAAAAUCGAUCGCUCGGCUGUUGUUGAAUAUUUCACAGCUGGGGAUUACAUGCCUACGGAGUUGAAUGGGAAUAUGGAAAGAAUUGGAAGUGUCGACUAUGUGAAUGCAUUGAAAGAUGUACUUCAUAUGACGAAGAAUCUCUGCGUCGCGCGGCAUUUCUACAAACUCGACAAAGAGGCGCUGGCUCGGGGAUGGAAUGGGCAAAAGAGAUUCAUCGAUGUUUGGCCUGUUGAUUUGCAAAAACCCGGAGAGACCGGAUUGGGAUGGGAUAAUAGUUCCCUCUUCCUCUUGCAGCUUGCCUGCAUUUUGUCGAUGUCAUCCCGUUGGAGAAACAUCGCUCGUUUGAGGGUUUUCAUUUGUGUCAACUCUUUACAGGACAUGCAUCGCCGCGAGAAACAACUCAAAAUGAUGCUCGACGCGUUGAGGAUAAAAGCUGAAUCAAUCGUUGUUCCGUGGGAUCACGUUGUAUGUCAUUUCGGGCAACAAACCGAGAAUAUGCCUCUAAAACCAACGACUGAACUUCCUCAGCCAUACGUAACCGCAUUUAACGAUAUGAUUCGAAGAUACUCAGCUGAGGCGGCGCUUUGCUUUUUGAAUCUUCCGCUACCGCCGGAUAGCGCUGAGAUGGACUCGGAAAAAUAUCUGCGCUUGUUGCGCAUUUUGACGGACACCCUCCCGCCGACAAUGAUGGUUCACGGGCUCUCCUUGGUGAUCAGCACCGCUUUG